CGGGUGACGUCAGUGUGCAGUGCGGAGUCAGGCGCGGCGGCUCCCUAUAAGCCGAGGAGCUGUCCGGGUGCUGAAACGGCCCGAGGAGCUCAGCCCGCGGACCAGGAGGAACAUGCUGUGAACCUUCUCUGCCCUAUAAAACAAAGGAAAUCUUUAAAACAUGGCAGAAGCUAAGACCCACCAACUUGGAGCAGCCUUGUCUCUUAUCCAUUUAAUUUUCUUCAUCUCUGGAGUUGAGGCAGCUUCUUUCCAGAGAAACCAGCUGCUUCAGAAAGAACCAGACCCAAGAUUGGAAAAUGCCCAAAGGUUUCCCAGUCCCGAGAUGAUCAGGGCUUUGGAGUACAUAGAAAGGCUCCGGCAGCAAGCUCACAAAGAGGAAAGCAGCCCAGACUACAACCCCUACCAAGGUGUCUCUGUUCCCCUUCAGCAGAAAGAAAAUGGGGAGGAAAGUCACUUGGCAGAGAGCUCAAGGGAUUCGCUGAGCGAAGACGAGUGGAUGAAGAUAAUCCUGGAGGCUCUGAGGCAGGCUGAAAGUGAGCCUCAGUUGGCACUGAAAGAAAACAAGCCCUAUGGCAUGAAUUCGGAAAAGAACUUCCCAGUGGACACGACUGAUGAUUAUGAAACUCCACAGUGGCCAGAGAGGAAGCUCAAGCACAUGCGGUUCCCUCCUGCGUAUGAAGAGAAUUCCAGGGACAACCCCUUCAAACGCACGAACGAAAUCGUGGAGGAGCAGUAUACGCCUCAAAGUCUUGCCACCCUGGAGUCUGUCUUCCAAGAGCUGGGGAAACUGACGGGACCAAGCGGCCAGAAACGGGAGAGGGCCGAUGAGACACAGAGGCUCUACUCGGACGACGAAGAUGACAUCUACAAGGCCAGUAACAUCGCCUACGAAGACGUGGUCGGGGGAGAAGACUGGAACCCCGUGGAGGAGAAAAUAGAGACUCAAACCCAGGAAGAGGUGAGGGACAGCAAGGAGAAUCUGGAAAAAAAUGAACAAAUCAAUGAAGAAAUGAAGCGUUCGGGGCAGGACGAAGAUCUCCGGAAGGAGGACAGAGCCCAGCUCUCAGAUGAUGUCUCCAAAGUCGUCGCCUAUCUGAAAAGGUUAGUGAGCGCUGCGGGGGGUGGGAGGCCGCAGAAUGGGCAAAAUGGGGAGAGGGCGGCCAAGCUCUUCGAGAAACCCCUUGAUUCUCAGUCUAUUUAUCAGUUGAUUGAAAUCUCCAGGAAUUUACAGAUACCCCCUGAAGACUUAAUUGACAUGCUCAAAACCGGGGAGAAGCCAAGUGGGUCGGUGGAGCCAGAGCCGGAGCUCGACCUUCCUGCUGACCUAGAGGACAUCUCAGAGGCCGACUUAGACCAUCCGGACCUGUUCCCAAAUAAGAUGCUGUCCAAGAGCGGGUACCCCAAGGCACCUGGGCGAGCCGUGACCGAGGCCUUCCCAGAUGGGCUCAGUGUUGAGGACAUUUUAAAUCUUUUAGGGAUGGAGAGUGCAACAAAUCAAAAACCUCCAUAUUUUCCCAAUCAAUAUAACAGAGAGAAGGUUCUGCUGAGGCUUCCCUAUGGUCCUGGAAGAUCUAGAGCAAACCAGCCUCCCAAAGCUGCCUGGCUUCCUGACGUUGACAAUGGGCAAGUGGCAUAUGAAAACCCGAAUGACAAGGACCAAGAAUUAGGAGAGUACUUAGCCCGGAUAUUAGUUAAAUACCCCGAGAUCAUGAAUUCAAACCAGGUGAAGCGGGUGCCCACUCCAGGCUCAUCUGAAGAUGACCUGCAGGAAGAGGACCAACUUGAACAGGCCAUCAAAGAGCAUUUGGGUCAAGGCAACUCUCAGGAGACUGACAAACUGGCUCCAGUGAGCAAGCGAUUCCCUGUGGGGCCCCCGAAGAAAGAUGACACCCCGAACAGACAGUACUUGGAUGAAGAUCUGCUAAUGAAAGUGCUGGAGUACCUUAACCAAGAAAAGGCAGAAAAGGGAAGGGAGCACAUUGCUAAGAGAGCCAUGGAAAAUAUGUAAGCGGCUUUCCCAUUGCUGUUUUCACUCCUCCCACCCCAAGUGAACCCCAAUAUUUCUCUUUAGUGUGUUGACUUCUAUCCUGUUAACACUGUAAUAUCUUUAAGUGAUGUACAGGCAGAUGAUUCCAGGUCACUGGGGAAUCUGCUUCACUCACUCUGAGUUGUUCUCUUGUGUAUGGAUCUGUGUAAAUGUUCUGAUUCUGGAUUAAAAAAAAAUUAUUAUGUCCUUUAUUCAAGAAAGAUAUCUAUGAUCGUGUUUGACAGUGUAUCUAAUGGCUGUGGCAUUGCCGAUGCUCACAUAUGAUAAAGAGUGUCCUAUAACUCUCUUGAAAAUUUUUAAUAUUUAUUGAAUUAUUUUGUUACUGUCUGUAGUGUUUUGUGGAGUACUGGAGCAAAAACAAUAAAGCAUUAUAAAUAUA